AUGUCCAACCUCAACGAUGUGUGCCUCGGCACACCGUUUACACCCAAUCCUUUCAACCAAGUCUUGGUCGAUUCCGUGAAUGACAUCCCAAAAUAUCUUUUCCGAGUUUCGGACACUCUUUCGGCCGGAACAACGAACCGGUCAGAGGUGUGCUCCGCCGCUGCCGCCGGGGAUCGGUCGGGACAACCAUACGGCGACCUCUAUCAACUGCCGCCGAGCCAGGCUGCUCGGCUCCUCGACGACCAUUUAUGGCCGAGGUGGUCCGCUUCCCCGAGUAAUCUCGUGUCCUGGACGAGCUCUCUUCUUGUUGCUCUACAGUACGGUCUUUUCUGUCAUGGGCGCAGCUCGGAACCUCAAGAAUUAUCCAAGAUUUUGAUUCUGAUGGUCGACACUCGUCAGUUUCGCUGCAAAGUAUUUGCUCGCGACUUACAGGUCCUCGCCGCCUUCCAAGGGAUUUCGGACGAGCUUGAUCUCAAGACUCUCCAUAACUGGCGCAACACUGGCGCAACAGCGGUUCAUUUUACCUUGGAGAGUACCUUUCCCAAGGGAGACUUGCCAUCGACCCGGAGAGAUCUUGUCAAAUCUCCAUACAAGAGCUCGUGGACCGCGGCCUCUUCGACGUUUGUGCUGGACUAG